CGUUUGUUCUGUUUUGUUCGGAAACCGACGGCGUACUCGAAGAAUACGCUUUGCUGGUCGCUGAGAGGGCAAGCGAUUCUCGACGUACAGCAAUGACGGAAAGAUGACAAGAGCCUUCAGCGCUGAGCCAUGAGACAUGGAAGACGUCCUUCAAGUGUCGUGCCGCGGAUAUUUAACCUGCCGUAGAGGACUCCGUCGCCAUGGAAACGUGCGUGCUCAUUCCGCCGGAGUUCAGCCUGGUUCUGAGUACCGCGGAGGACUCUUCGAAGCACGACAGCGACUUGGACGAGGACGACGCCACGUCCAAGACCCACCCGUACGACAUGAAAGUGCGGCUGUGGGCCAACCAGGCCAUUCCUGCCGGCAAGGUCUUCUCUCCCGCCGAAGGGUCGGUGCGCCUCGAUCGACUGGAAGUGUACAGCCUUCUGGACGACAAUGACGUUCGCCACUCGCUGGGCUGCUACGACGAGAUCCGCGAGGUGGAGGAGCGCCAGGUGCGCCACUGCAACUGGGUGCGCUUCGUGCGGCUCGCCAAGCGCCUGUCGCCGCGAGUCAACCUGGUGGCCAGCCGCGCGUCCCCGCAGCAGAGGCAGGCUCCCGUGCUCUACCGCGUCCUGAGGCCCGUGCAGCCGAACACCGAGCUGGUGGCCUUCUUCAACGACAGCGCCGAAGAGGUGCUCGGCAUCACCACCUCGACGCCCAAGACGGCCGUUGGACUGGAACGCCGGCUCUUUCAGAGAACCCUGCAAGACUUCCCACUGGACCUGUCCCAGAACCUGCUGUCGCCGUCAGCGUCGACUUCGGCGUCAUCAGCGUCCCCCAGCUCGUGUCGCGCGUCGUCGUCGACGUCGUCGUCGUCUUCAGGACUUCUCCGGACGCCCGUCUCCAUCACCUCGACGUCGGCCUGCUCUUCUUCUUCGUCGCCGUCCACCUCGGAGGCCAACAACGAGAACAUUCAGCCGAACCAGGCGAGGAAAAGCAGGGAGAAGAAGCGGCGGCAGAAGUGCAUGCUCAGCUGCGAGUUCUGCACCAAGACCUUCGACCGGCCUUCCCUGCUCAGGCGACACAUGCGCACGCAUACGGGCGAGAAGCCGCACGCGUGCGACGUGUGCGGCAAGGCGUUCAGCACGUCCAGCUCCCUCAACACGCACCGCCGCAUCCACUCGGGCGAGAAGCCUCACCAGUGCCCCGUGUGCGGAAAGCGGUUCACGGCCUCGUCGAACCUGUACUACCACCGCAUGACGCACUCCAAGGAGAAGCCGCACAAGUGUCCCGUGUGUGCCAAGUCGUUCCCGACUCCGGGCGACCUGAAGACGCACGCGUACGUACACAGCGGGUCGUGGCCCUUCCGGUGCCACCUCUGCGACCGCGGGUUCAGCAAGCACACGAACCUCAGGAACCACCUGUUCCUGCACACCGGAGAUCGACCGCACACCUGCGACGUCUGCCACAAGACAUUUGCCCUGGCCUGCAACCUGCGUGCGCACAUGAAGACGCAUCAAGAAGGCUGCCCCCACGUGCAGUGUCAGCGCUGCCGCGCUGAGUUCCCGGUGUCCAGCCGCCUGGUGGUGAACGGACUGUGCCAGCAGUGCACGCACCAGCCCACGCUGCUGCCGCCGCCACCGCCGCUGACGGUGGCGCACCAGCAGGACUUCUCGAUCCGCAGGCUCGUCAGCCCCUAG